AAACAGACGGCGCGGGAGAUGCUGCAGAUGACUCCAGAUUCUUCCUCAGAUGGUGUGUGCCACGCACCUCCACAGCCUUCCUCAGCCCUCCUCAGCCCUCCUCAACCCUCCUCAGCCCUCCUCAACCCUCCUCAGCCCUCCUCAACCCUCCUCAGCCCUCCUCGAGCGAUUAUAAGCUGGCGUGCGAGCGACGAGAACGAGUACGAGGCGUGCGCAUGGCAAGGCCGACUCCGCCGCCGAGCCUUGGAAAAGGUCCCUCAAAACAAGGGAGGAGGGAGAGAGGGAGAGAGGGAGGAGGGAGGAGGGAGGGCAGAGGUGGAUUGCGUGGGCGUGGGCGAGAAGGGCGUCGGACGAGUGAACCGAGGAGGAAGAGGGAAAUUGGGAGCGGGAUUGAUUCCCCUCGGAAGUCCUCCCCCUCGGCCCGGGAACGGCGAGGAUGCCCUCAAGGACGAUGUCCUUAAGGACAUCCUCUUCCUCGGCCAGGACGGCAAGAGCCUCGUCUGCAACUGUCCCGCCCAGCUCGGCAAGUCUUCCCAUCAGGUGAGCGGCGAAGGAGAGAUGCGGCUGGAAGAGACCUACUCCCAACUGGACUCGUUCUACGAGUUCCCGGUGAAAUUCCCGCCGCCACCCCCCCGCACCCACCCCCAGGGCAGCGUCCGGAGCGUGUCCAUCAUGGACACCCUGAGCGAGAUGACCAGCGGAGACGUGACGACCCUCGCGACCCAGCUCCUCCCGACCCAGCAGCCGCAGCGGCACCGGAGAGGGUCGAAGGAGACGACCCAGGUGGCGGCCCAGGUCCACUCCCGCCCGCCCCGGAAGAGGGUGGUGUCCCCGAAGCGGGUCUCGCCGGAGCGGGACCGGGCCCGGCGCCGGAAGACGCCGGAGUGGAUCCGGAAGAUCUUCCAGUUUGCAAGGAAUGGAGAUCUGCGAAGCUUGGAAAACGAGCUGCGAGAUCUCCACCCGACGUUGGUGUCGAGUCUUCGCGAUUCCCGCGGGAACAGCCUCGUGCAUACGUUGGCUGCGGCGGGUGACGUCACGCCGCUGCAGCGGCUGAUCGGCGGGGACGGAGCGCGAAGCUCCGCCCUCCUCAACGCGAACAAGGCGGGUCUCACCCCCAUCGUCCUGGCCAUCAAGCACGGUCACGUGGACGUGGUGCAGUGGCUGCUGGAGAAUAGCAACAACGUGGAGCUACGUGAGGGGGGUCGCAGUCUCUUGCACUGGGCCGCCAAAUAUGGACAGUACGAAGUGUUGUGCUGGCUCCUGAGGUCCCUGCCCCCCGAGGACGUGGAGAUGAUGAUCAACAGCGUGGACGAGAAUGGGAACACGGUCGUUCACUUGGCGGCGAGGAGCGGGAACAUCUCGUUGCUCAUGACGCUCCUUCAGAGAGGGGAGCCGAGUCUCUGCCUGCUCACCAAGAACAAGCGCGGACUGACACCAGUGGAAGUGGCAAACAUCGCCGGACACGGAGAUUGCGCCCACUACCUCAACAUCUACGAGGCCGGACUGCGAGCCUGCCAGGACGCCCUGCGUCUCCAGGACACCUGCCACUCCAUGAGCACCAACACGCAAGAGCUCCAUCGGACCUGCAGGGAGAUGAUAACGAUCGGGAAGCGCCUGGAGGGAGAGCGGGAGGAACUGGUGCAGCAACUGCAACAGCUGAGGCAGCACGUGAUGGACCUGCACGAGCGCAUGAUCGUCGAGAUCCAGCUCCUGCUAAGAGAGAACCAGAGGCUCGGUGGCACCCCGCAGCAUUCCCAGGAGGAACUGCAGAGUCUGGUGGAGGCCUGUGCGGACCUCCAUCGAGACUGGGAGAAGGAGGAGGCCCGCUGGAGCCAGCCGGGGAGCCUGAGGGACCUCCAGCGGAAGCUGUCGCUCGUCGAGGAGCAACUCAGGGUGUCCACGUCGGCCGCUUCCCUCCACCCGAACCAGAAGAAAAGGCAGCCGUUGCAUUUCGUCAAGUACGUUGUCCGGAAUGGCAUCGUGACGUUUGGGAUUGGGGACCAAGCUUCAGGUUCAAGUUCAAGGUUGAACGGAAUGAAGUUUGGAUUCUCUCGGAUGAACCGGAGUACUUCGGAGAGCUCCUUGGAUUCCUACACCUCCUUGUACGAAUUGGAGACGGAGGAUGACAACCACCAGCGAAGCGGGUACUGGACCGACGGCAUCUAUGCGAGCACCCCCAUCAAGACGAGAAGUGCCAUGAAGUCCAAGUGCACCAGUGACCUAGAGGAUGAAGUCCAGUCCUCUGGGAAGAGGGGGAAACCAAAACACGGUCCCAAGCCGGUGAAGGGGAUCAUGCCUCUCAAAUCCAAGAGUGGAACUUGUACGGUGUUGGAAGUCAUCGAGCCGGGCUCAGAAGAAGAGAACGAGGAGUUGGAUUUGAGUGUGCUUGUGAAGGAAACUCCCACGAGGCAAGAGGAAUGCCCUGUGCAACAAACUUGUGAGACUGCUGGAAACUCGAACACGGGAGCACAGAAGUCAGUGAAGCACCUUGUGUCGCGGUUCGAGUCCAAGUCCAGCACGGAACCAGACCUGAUCCUUGGGACCAAGACCCACAAAGGACUCGGGGAGAACUCGGACUCCCCGCCCGACGCUUUGUCCCGACUCGCCGAUGAGAGUUCUCUCGGUGGUUCGGUCACCGAAGGUCUGGGACUGGCAGAUGUGGAGCAGCAAAUGCUCCCACUGGACCUGGCACAGUCCUCCAUGUGUCUCACCGGUUCCUCCAAUUCCGACAACAGUUCGGCAGCCUCUUCGAGCAAAAAGAGGGGUUUCUUGCAGAAACUGAAAGGGAGAUGGCCUUCUCGACGGAAGGUCUCCUCCACCCCUUCGGGGAAAAUCACCCCAGAGGACUUUAGGGAAACAUACACAGUGCGGGAUGUGGGGAGUUCAUCCAGUCAAGAGGAUGACCUCUUCAAACAACCUGAGAGCACAACUAGCAAUCCUCAGUCCCUCGAUACAUCAAAGCGCAAAACUAAUCCUCUGAAUGUUGUCGUGGAGGAUUUGAGUGCUACUGAGAAAGAAGUCUGUCCUUCAUCCCCCAAUCAGGAUGAUAUCAGGGUGGAAAAGUUGCCUGCAGAAAACAAACCUCCCCCACUGCCAAGUAGUCCUCCUCCAUUGGAAGACGAUGUGGAGGAAAAGUCCCUACCCCGAAUGGCCCUCCUUGCCAAAUCCACUCCAGACCUAAAAAGUCAUGGAGGGAUUGAAGCAAUGAGUGUGACUACAUCAGAAGACUCAGGCAUUGUGGCACGUCCUUCAUCCAGUGCAUCCAAGAGUGACUCGCUCUCACGGCCAGGUUCUACCUCAUCUUCGUACCUGCCGUUCAAGGGUUUCCCACUCCGCAAGGCCUCUUCUGUAUCCACGGACCUAUUACCAACUCCCGAUUCCAGCACGGCUGGAGGGAGACUUUCACCUGCUCCAUCAGAGGUAUCCAAGACAGAGUCUGCCCUCUCACCACCAUCUCAGGCAAGUGACGUAUCUAAAACGGAGUCCACGAGACACCUGAACCAGCUGGGAAGGAUAGAAGAGAUCACCCCCACCGGUGAAGAAAGAACAACGAAACCUGUCCAAAUGACAAGGAAAAAGCCUGAGAUGCUUAAGGUUACUAUCAUGGAAGACAAGAAACCAGAAAAGAAAUCCAAGGAGGAGAUGAAGGCAAAGCGCCGCAUCGAGAAGCCAUGGUAUGAAGUCUCAGAUGAUGAGUCGGAUCUACCCAGCCCCAGCAGUUUAUCCUGUCUCAUCACAGCACGAACGAGUUCCGGCAGCGAAGACGAAGCCGACCCGCUUCGGGCAUAGCUCUUCUUUGACUUUGCCCUACUGUUUACCUGAUCCCAGUGACAACCUCUGUUUUUCUUUGAGGGUUUGUUUGUGUGUGCCAAGCUAAGUGCCAAAGUUCAGUGCACAAUAGAAACAUUUCCCAAAUUUCAGAUUCACAAGUGCAGAUGCAUUCAAGUUGCUGGUGUCUCUCAAGUGUUGGGAAAGAGGGGAUGGGGAAGUGCAAUGCAUUCAACCCUACUAAUUUGUGGUGCUUCAUUCCUCCAGCAAUUUCUCAUAAGAGAAUGGCAAUAGACCAUAACAUGCAAACGAUGACUUGAAAUCGGGGGAACAGUUGUACUGGUUUUUUUUUUUAUGAAUGUCCUCAGGGAUCACAAUGUGCCGUCAUGCCCAUGUGCAAAAAUGUCUCAGUCGCCCUGCAUAUUUGCCAUAGAACAGGGUGUAGCUGUGUGCUCAAAUGUGUGCUUUUCCAAAAGUCUUUACUUUCUUUUCCUCUCCUAUCCGUCCCUAGG